CACACUAGUUGCUGUUAAAACUUUAUGGAGCUUGGUGGUCGAAUUUAAUACACCAGUACGAUUAAAUCGAAGUUAUUCGUGGAGUUUGUGAUUUGUGUGACAUAAUUUUCAUCAUCAUCAGUGGAUUAUUUAGUUUGAAUUAGUUUUCGUUAAACCUAAAAAAUGGAAUGAAUAUGAGUGAUUAGAAACUGAAGUAUAAAAAAAAUUUAAGAAACUUAUGCCGCUUAGAAUAGUACUCAAAACGACAAGAUGAAAAUCAAAUAUGUUAACGUUAACUUAAUCUCUUUGAAAUGUAUCCUGUUCCUAAUAUUUGGAGCUAUAGGAAGCCUCUUUCCUUUUCUACCUCUCCACAUGAAUUUCUUGGGUCUUUCCAAAGACGAAGCAGUUGUUAUAUCAAUAAUUUCACCGUUAAUAGCUUUAAUAGGACCUUUAGUGGUGGCCCCUUUGGCAGAUAGGCUUGCAGGUACUUCAGGAAAUUCGCCAAGAAGUAAAAAUGGAGGUUAUCUUAGGGUCAUGAUAGCUAUAUCAUUGGCGUUGACAACUAUAUUGUACUGGUUAUUAUUAGUUGUAGAACCUAUUAGAAAAGGCGCAAACGUUUCCUUCAUAUGUGACGAACAAGGUGCUUUCGUUUUACAAGAUCGUUGUAGAACGAACUGUUAUAACUGGGAUGAAGAUAAAGGUUCUCUACUAGUUACUAAUUGUAUCUAUACAUGCCGCGCUACGUCCGCAUACAAAGUUAUUAAACUUCCCUUUUUUGAUCAAUUUUUAAAUGAGAACCAUGAAGCUGCAGGAAACGACAGUGACAGUUACUACGAUGGCGAGACUAUUUCCGAUUUACCUGAACUAGAAGCAGAAGGGCCGACCACACUGCCACCUGUUACUAACAACGGUACUAAUAUAUACUUCGAACCCCACCAGCACUUGUGCUACCAAAAUGAAUCUGGUUACGAACUUUGCGAAGUAUAUACGGAAUUUUCGAAACCAAUCAAUUUCAAUAUUGGACUUAAGCCUGCAGUUCCAUUCAUUAGUCCAUAUAAUAAACAGAAUCGAACUUGCAAAUAUCCUACAGUCGAGUCGUUCCGAUGCCGAAUUCGUCCAGAUGUAAAACAAAAUUUGAAAAAUCAGAAUCCUGGUUGUGAUCCACUCAUCAUAUGCGAAAUACAUAAUCCGUACAAUAACGAAAAUAGUUUAUUGGAACGAUCUCAAUGUGGAAAAGGCAGUUUUUGGGUAUAUCUCUUCAUCAAAUCUAUCGCAGAUAUAUUCUUAGCUGCGACAGUAGUUUUGAUUAGUACAGCUGUAGUUAUUGCCACCAGAGAAACAUCGACUGGCAGAGGAGAUAUUGGAAAACAAUUCGCAGCUGGAGCUCUUGGAUUUGCUGUAUUUGCUCCAAUCAUCGGAGGUUGCGCUGACGGACAUUAUUUGGAAUCAAUCAUCUGUUUCACUGUUCUAACUGCAGUUGCUAUUUUAAUACUACUUGUGGAUAACUCAAUACCUUUGGGACCCCCAGAAUGGUGGUGGCAUACCCGAUGCGGUCUUUUAGCCCUUCCAAUGUCUUCUGUGAGAAAAUAUGGUUUGGAAGUAGCUUCUUUGGGUAUAGUAUUAUUUCUAUUGGGAAUAUUUUGGAAUGCUAUUGACACAUUUGUACCGUGGAUCGUGGUAACACAACAAUACGGAGAACCUCUGAUAAUUGGACUUAGUAUUCUUGUCGGAGCACUUCCAGCAGUAAUUUUUCUGAUAUUUGCAGAGCUUAUUGUUGAUUUUUGUGGACACAAUAAUAUUCUCAUUUUUUGCUUCGUCAAUUAUAUUUGUCAUCAUUUGGGUCUUAUGUUCAUCACAAAUGCCUGGUACAUACUUCUUUGCGAAUGGUUGGAAAUUUUCACUCUGCAUAUUAUGUACAUAACUGUAGUUCUCUAUUUAAGACAUCUUGUACCUAGAAAAUACAUCGCCUGUGGACAAGCACUGCCAAUUAUUGCUCAUUUUUGUUUAGGACGUGGUUUUGGAGCACUCUUAGGAAGUCUAGCUUUCAGUGAUUAUAACACCGAAUACAAUUUCCAAAAUGUACAUAAAUACUUUUGCAUCGCAGCCGGAGUAAUAGCCAUUUUAUACUUCACUGUAUAUCAUUUCUACAUGAAACCUAAAUGUGCUCCACCUAUUCAUGUUCCCCCAGCUCCAGCUCCUCCGCCAUCUUUAGUACACAGUAUGAAUGGUAAUGGAAACUAUACUCCUCUUAGAGUUUACCACAACAGUAAAUCGAAGAAAGGCCACUUUAGAUAUUAAGUUAACAUACAAAUUAAUCAACUAAAAAUAUAUAUAUUUAUAUAAUAUAUAAAUAUAUUUACAUAUUUUUCUAAAUUUUUCGAAUAUAUCCGAAUCUCUUGAGCUUAUUGUACUUCAUACAAACUCGUGACAACUAUUGUUGUGUUAUUUAUAUGGCACGUUAUUUGUUUCACUGAAUUUUCAUGAUGUUUCAGUUCUUGUAUGUACUCACUGAUUAUUAGGAAGCAACGAAGAGGCGGUAAUCAGUAAACGUCUACUUCUCGUCAUCAAUGACGACCAAAAAAAAACGUCCUUUAUCAAGUGAUUGGACAAAAAUCAUUGUAAUACAUCACUCAAUUGUCGUGUGACUAAGAAAACACAUUUUUUGCCAAAAAUAGAUUUUGUUUUGUACGUUCUUAAUUUAUUUACACACUAUACACUACACUUAACUUAUAAUAAUUUACUUAUAAAUAUCACUUGAAUAAUUUUCUACGAUUACUUUUACGAAUUCGUACUUUUCACUACGAAUAUUCAGUCAAAACUAAACUAACUGCAUGUACACAAAUUAGUUAUAAACCUAAAUAAAUUUCUACAACUUUCUAAAACGAAAAGAAACAAAAAAAAUCUAUAGACUUUUUUGGAAAUUAUUCAAAAGAAAUACUGUAAAUAAAAAGUUCGAAAAGGAAACAUCAAAGGCGCUUCCGCCAUUUAUAAAAAAUUGUGAGACGCUGACCGAAAAGGGCCGCGCGAAUUCGCCAUAGUAGCUGCACAUGGCCGGGCCAUUUUGCGAACUUAUGAAACCAAAAAUCUUCGAAAGUUGUUAUAUUUUGAGAAAUAUAUAACGUUUUAAGGAUUGAAUUGAAAAAACAACCUAAAUAUUUCCAUAUUGGGGAGAUUUUCAAGUAAAAAUGUUGCGAAUAAAUGAAAUUAAAUUUGAAGAUGGAAACCAAAAAAUUUUUUUGAAAAUAAAUUAUGGGAACAAACCUACAUUUUUCGAGGAAAAAAUGGAAUAGAGCCUAAAAAUGGUUUGUUUUUCUAAAAAAAAUGUUAUAAAACCAAAAAUAUUCGGAAAUUAUGAUAUUUUGUCCGAGAAAUAUAUAUCAUAUUAAGGAAUAAUAUGAAAAAAAAUUGGAUUUUUGCGUGUUCAAGAUAUUUUUUUAAUGAAAACAUGCCCCAAAACUCAGGGUAUUUUUUCAAGAAAAAUGAUUGUAUCACACAUACGCCUUUUUUUCAACAAGGAGCAAUCUAAUUUUGAAUUCAUUGUUUUGAAAAUACCAAAGGUUGUUUCACAUGGCUGUCACUUUUUGGUGACUAAUCGAAUUUAAACUUUUACAUUUGAAAGUUGGUACUUCAUAAUAAACGUCAUAUGGAUUUGACAAUGACAGCUGUGUGUCAAUCACAUGACUUAUUAGAGUGAUGUAAUAAGAUACAUGGUAUCGAAAUUCUUGACAAUGCGACCAUUUUACGAAAUUAUUAUUUUAAUCCAAUUUUUCGUUUCAAUAUGUCUACAUAAUAUGUGAUACUGCCAUUAUAUUUUUAGAAAAAUAUAGAAAUUAUUUAGAUAAGAAUUUAUAUAUAUACAUAUAUCUAUAGCUUUUCAACUUAAAAAUAACUUUUAUAAUAUUGAUACUGCUUUCUAUUUUCUGUUGUAAAUUGUUUUUAUAGUUUUUAUAUUUAUUUUUUUUUACAAUAAAUAUUUAAAAAGCAAGUUAUAC